ACACGUGACAAAACACAACACUGUAUCCGUGAAAGUGUUUGUUUUUAUUCAUGUUGAGGGUCUCUUAUUGUUACACACUAUAUUAGUAGGUCAAUAUUCAUACGUGUUUUAUUUCUAUGUCUAAAUGACAUCAUGCCAACAUGUGUGUGUGUGUGUGUGUGUGUGUGUGUGUGUGUGUGUGUGUGUGUGUGUGUGUGUGUGUGUGUGUGUGUGUGCGUGCGUGCGCGCGCGUGUGUGUUCUAUUCUUGUGGAUGCACAUCACGUUAAUUCACGUAACGCUGAAGUUCAAAGCCCUUAAUUCAUGACGUCACAUGAUGCAAAAGUUUGUGUACCCCGUCACAUUUUUUCUUGAUUACACCUCACAGCGAGCACCAUAAGAGUGCUGUGUGUGUGUGUGUGUGUGUGUGUGUGUGUGUGUGUGUGUGUGUGUGUGUGUGUGUGUGUGUGUGUGUGUGAGUGUGAGUGUGUGUGUGUGUGUGAUGCCAUGGGGAGAGACGCGCUUAGCUGCUCACAGCAUCAUCACACAGCGCUUGUUGUAACAACAGCUGUUUCCAAGGGAAGUUAAAAUACACACACACACACACACACACACACACACACACACACACACACACACACACACACACGGUCAGGGGGAGGAUUAGAUCCUCACAACAUCGAUCAGCUGUUUCACAGAUAAAGCUCUGAAGCCGGAUUUGGGUGUGUGGAGAUGUCCAGCCGUCAUGGUGUGUCUCCGGUCUCUGAGCUGUCUGUCUGCAUGCAGAGUCUCCGGUGUGAAGACAGUUCGACCCCCCAGAGACACCUUGAUCUGACGCCGGAGCUUAGCAGCACAGACAGGAGGCAACUGUCAGGGCAGCACACACCAACAGUGAGCAGCAGGAGGAUGAGGAGAUACAGAGGAGUGUCGUCACCUGAACAGACCCCCAACACGCGUGGACCACGUCCAUGCAGCCUGAGACGUGAGGACGAUGAAGGUGCUGAGGACAACAAGGAGAACUCCAGCGUGCGGAAGAGAGUGAGAGUGAGACUGUUCAGCUCGUCCAGUCCUGAAGAUCAGCUGCAGUCUGGGAAAAGAAGUAAGAGGAAAUCCCUCUCUUCACCAGCAGAGGGCGAACAUGAGACGCCUGAUCCAGAGUCACUGAUGCUGUUCCAGAGGCUGAGAUCCAGGAGAAAUCCAUCACACACACUCAUCCCCUUCAGUGCUGUCACUGAUCACUGCCUCAUAGGAGACUUUAGCAAUCAUCACGUGCUUCCUGUGGAGAAGGUGAACCAUCAGGAUCUUCGUUGUGUUUCAGCUCAAACAGUGUCGUCUCUGAUCAGAGGUCAUUUCAGUGCUGUGGUGGAAGACUUCCUCAUCAUCGACUGCCGUUACCCAUACGAGUACCACGGCGGUCACAUUAAGGGAGCAGUGAACCUGUACACCAAGUAUCAGAUCCACCAGGCUUUUCUCCAGAGCUUAUCCACCACACAGGUGUCUCCAGCUGCCCAUCGUGCCCCAGGAGAGGCUUCAGUGCUCACAUGGGGCAGCAGAGGGGUGACACCGGGGUCUGGGGGUCCAGCAGCAAUGGGAUCUGGAGGUCCUAAAGGAACAUCACCCAGAAAACUCAUAGUGUUUCACUGUGAGUUCUCAUCAGAGAGAGGACCACGGCUUUGUCAGUAUCUGAGAGAGUUGGAUCGUGCAGCAAAUAUUCAGACGUACCCUCAUUUACUGUACCCUGAACUGUACCUACUGCAGGGGGGCUACAAGAGCUUCUACUCCCUCCGUCCGGAGCUGUGUGAACCACAUGGAUACAUCCCCAUGCGUCACAGGGAUUUCAGAGAACAAUUUCGGUGUUUCAGCAGGAAAAGGCACCAGUAUUGUCGCAGACGUCCAAUCAGAGCGCAGUUAGGGUGACGUGAUGUGCUGAUAAAAUGUAAACAUCAUGAUUUAAUAAAGUGAAACACUUUUCUAAGGUAUCACAGCUAUAAUAAUUAAUUAAUUAAAAAAAUUCAUUUACAAAUGAUGUUUUUCCACAGAUUUAUUUUCACUGCUGAUCAUUUAGAAAACUUACACACAGAUGUAGCAGCUUAUAUUGCUUUAAAUAUUGUUUUAUAAGUCUUCUUUUAUUUUCUCCAUCAAUUCAUUCUAUUAAAACUUUGUUUAAUAAAACAUAAAUAAUAAUGUAAUAAUAAUAAUAAUAAUAAUCAUAAAUUCUCAUAAAUAUUAGUUUUUAUAUGUAUAAUCUGAUGUAUAUGAUUGUAUUUUCAUGAGAACUUGCUGCUGUAUGAUUUAUAAUAAAUGUAUUUAUAUGAUAUAUGGUUUUAAAUUAACAUGUAAUAGUGCG